AGAAAGCGGAAAAGGGAAAGGAAAAUAGAAAAGGUUUGGAAAAAAGAGCUGAGACGCCGCGACCUUAGCUCCUCUCUCCCUCUCUCUUCAUAACAAAAAGCCACUGAGCUACUUCGAAUUUACGAAAUCAGUAAUCCUAGAAAUCAUUGGAGACUGUAAAAAAACCCUUUUCCCUUCCUCUCAUCGAUCGAUCUCGCGGCGACUUGGAGAAGAAACUAAGAAAUUAAUGCUCCAAGGCAGCAGAUUACUUAACCGGAAAUUGGACGCCAUGUCACCGGGAGAAACGGUCUCCCGGUCACCUCUAGACAAGCCUCUCAACCAACUCACUGAAGAUGACAUUUCUCAGGUCACUCGCGAAGAUUGCCGCCGUUACCUCAAAGAAAAAGGUCUCUCUCUUUCUUUGCAUCUUUUUGUGUUUCUUUUGCAUAUUUUCUUAUGUAAAAGUGCGUACGCGUUGCAUUUCUAGUUUUCUUUUUUGUUGUUCUUUGCGUGUAGGGAUGCGGAGACCGUCGUGGAACAAAUCGCAGGCUAUUCAGCAGGUGAUCUCGCUGAAAACGCUCCUUGAAACAACGUCGGAUUCGGACGCCGUCGAAGCUUGCAAGAAACUCCACAUUCCCUGCCCUGAAAAUCCGCCUCGUGUCGUUUCUGAUUCAACGGUUCUAGUGAAUGAAACGACACAGCAUAACGGAAAUUCGGCCCCAGUCAACGAAUCUGUUCCUUGUCCCCGUCCAGAUCCCUCUAAAUCCGACUUUUCAGGCGAUAAUUCGGGCCGUAACGCCAUCUCUGGAAAUGACUCUGUUUCUCCAAGAACUGCAGGAGCUGCUAAAGAGCAAGCAGGACAGAUGACAAUUUUUUACUGUGGGGAAGUGAAUGUCUAUGAUGAUAUGCCUGGUUGUAAGGCGCAAGCAAUCUUGCAGCUUGCUGCAAGUCCACUUUCACUAUCUCAGGAAACUGCAGCUGAUCAAAGCAGAGCACCAUGGUCUGUUCCAUGCCAGUUACAGGCUGCAGGUGUCAAGAUAAGCCCAUGUUCACCAAUGGUUAUAUUGCCAUCACCGCAAACAGUAAAGGUGGCAGAAAACUGUCAGUUUCCUUGGGAAGAGAGCAAUAUAUCUCGUGAAGACAGCCUUGAAGGUCCCAGUAGCAGAAAAGCAUUGGUACAAAGAUAUCUUGAGAGGAAGAAAGACAGGUUUAAGAACAAGAGAAAGUUGGCAACGUCUUCAUCUCCUACCUUAGACAUCUACAUAAAUCAAGUGGGAGAUCAGUUUGCAAAUGAGCAGUUGAAGCCAAGUGAACCAUAUUCUUCUUCCCAAACACGACCGCCUUACACACCCCUUCGGUGCAACUCCAUUGAGAAUGUCCCAAAGAUUGCCAGUCUUGCUACUCAUCCUGAUGCCAAAGCUUCCAACAGCUGGAAAGGAAGCCUGGUUGUGGCUUCUCUUAUCUGGACAAUAUUCCUGCGGCUUUAUCAUAUGAAGUCUCAAACUAGUUACGCUAGUUUAGUCAUAAAGUUCCCUGUCAGUUUCAACAUAUUUCAACUGCCUGUACUGAUGACCAGCAAAAAUGCAUCAUAUUUAUACAGUCAACAGGUGUCACUAGAUGUAUAUGAAAUAUGAGCUUGGAUCAGCCAUGACGUGGUGGUUAAGGACUAAGCACGGAGUCCAUAUCAAGUAUUCAGGUUAACAAUGUUGACACGGAUGGAGUAUGCUCAGUGUAGCCCUCAUUUUAAGAGUUUGUAGCAUAAUAUUAACCGGUUGUAUUAGUUGCGGCCAUUAUUACUUAGAUGAGGAACCUAGUUCAGGGUUACUGAUCUUUUGUAUGAUUUCAUUUAGUGAUGUGCAGUAAGCUAAAUGAUCAUGUAGGCAACUAAAAAGAGAAGAUUUACUUCUGCUGUCCCAUGGUCAUUUUGAGCAUCAAAGGCUUUUCUAGCUGUAGCAUCCUUGAUAUGAAAUUGAAAUCAAAUGUGCUAUUUGAAGUUGUCGAUUACAGAAGGAGCAAAGUUUAGGGUUCAUCUCCAGCGAAAGCAACAAUGAUCCAUCAAGCUUAAGAUGGAGCUAUUAAUGGCCGAAGAGCUGGAAGGAAUGGUUAGCAAGAUUGUCCAUGCAUGAUUUGAUUCAAAAACAAUGAUCCAAAUGGAAGAUGGCCCAUGACUGAAAUAAUUCAAAGUCGAAACUUGAGCAUUACUAUGUAGUAACUUGUGAAGUUUUAUUUGAUUAUAAAUGGAAAAGUAUAAAAACAGUUUAUUAUAGGAAA